AUGGCAACCCUGCGGCAUGGUGGAAACAGUGAAAUUUCCAAAGACGACUUUACCGCUCAAUUCUAUGACGAUGUAGUGCUUGUCAAGCGCGGCGAAUUCGUGAUGUGCCCGACCGACGAGAACGUGAAGAACCCCGACUUUUCCAAGGCCGCCCACGUCAUCAACAACUCGUGGGGCUCUGACGAUGAGACGGAGAUAUUCUAUGGCGCGACGAUCGCCGCUUGGCGCAAGGCGUAUAUUUAG